AUGCCAGGGUAUCAUUUGGCAAAUCCUGACAAUGCGAAGAUUGAUGCGAAGUACUUUUGUUCAUACUGUCAACUUUUACUGAGAGAGGCCAUGCAAACAAGCUGUGGUCAUUUCUAUUGUCAAUCUUGUCUGGGAAAUCUCAUACAGUAAGUUUAUAAUUAUAUCACUUCGAAAAAAUUAAUAGUUACUGUAAAAAUAUGUAUAGUGUCAAGCUAUAAUAUGGGAUGGUAUGUACGAUUGUAUUUUUCGUUCUGGAUAAUUAACUUCGUUGCAAUAGGCCUUUUGUAUUAGUUCAUCACGUGGUCAACUUUCGGUAAACACGAAAACGAUUCGCUUUUAAAAAAUUCUGUUAGCAUGAGCUGAAAGAGCAUAUAGGUAACCAGUAAAUUUUCAGCCGUGUAUCUCAAAAGAAGCGAUUUCAACGGCCGCCGAAAAUUAGAAGGGUUUGUAUGAGAAAAACAACUUUUGCCACCCAGUCACGCUUGAAUGGUUUUCCAUACAAAUCCUUGUAAAUUUCGAAAUUUUCAAACUGUCGUGAAAUAUUUCCUUAAGCAUUACCGCGUGCUAAAAUCUCCUUUUAAUUCAUAACAGGCAAUUUGAGUCUCAAAUGCGUAAGGGAAACAUUAAACGGCAGUAUAAAAAUUUCAGAAUUUACAAGGAUGUGUAUGGAAAACCACUCAAGGGUGACUGGGUGGCAAGAGUGGUUUUUUCCCAUACAAAUCCCUCUAAAUUUCGGCGGCCGUUGCAAUCGCUACUUUUGAGAUAUGUGGCUGAAAAUUUACAGGUCACCUAGUUUUAAUAUGCUCUUUUAGCUCGUGCAAACCAACAUUUUCAAAAGCUAAAUGUUUUAAUUUUUUGUUUAUCGAAAGUUGAUCACGUGAUUAACUAAUGUAAAAGGCCUAUUAUUUAAUCUGCACUUCAUAUAUAAACCAUAGAAUCGUGUUUACGAGGAAGAAGCUAGCAGUGGGAGUCCUUGAUAUGAGAAAUUGCUAAGCGUGGAACAGGACAAUCUACUGAGGAGACCAGCUUCAACUUCGAUCUUAGAAAGUGAUCUAAUAGGGUCUAGGGUUGCGAGAGAGGGGGAAAAUUGAAUAACAGAACAAAACAACCGAGUAAAUCAAAUUAUAUGACUAAAAAACAAAAUAUGCAUAAACGUUUCUUGGAUAUCUUUGUACAGCCUAUACUAGUUGACUAUAUUGUACCACAUUGCUAUUCUCAGCUAUAUGUAUAUAAUGUCCCAGUUACCCCGUGCUAGAAUGAGAAAUGUGAGGUUGCUUAGCAGUUAUACAGGGGAUGUGGAUGUUGUAGUUUAUUUUUUAUCCCAGGUAAUUUUUUGUUUUUCUUUUGUUUUUGGGUAUGGUAAUGUAUGCUAAUGAAGCUGAAACAACAGAAAAAUAAAAAUUACCUGAGAUAAAAAAAUUGACUAAAACAUGGAUAUCAUUCAUAGUAUUGAUUCAAGAUUACUGAUCAUAACGAUCUCAUGUUCAUCGAACAAAUCCCUGUUGAAUUACCAGUAGUGUGUGAAAAUAUUGACACUAACAGGAACAUCUAUAUGGACCUUUUCGGUGCUUCUAUUAAUGAGCAGUACUAUGUAAUAACAUUAGCUGGCCUUAUGAGAGCGGACCUUUACCUUCCGAGUCAAUAUCAAAUAUUUCAGAGUUUAUACCACUACAUGAGAAAUUUAUGCAAUUUGAUUGGCUUAGAGCAGUGGUAUUUUAGCUUAAUUUGAAAUACCUACAUGUGAAAAUUACAAACCUUUUGCGGGUAGUGGUAUAAACAAAUAAUAGCAUGAUUUGUAGUGAUAUUUGGCAUAAAUACCACUCGGGAUAUUUCAAAAUUGUCUCAAAUUUCACUCGCCUAACGGCUCGUGAAAUUACAUAUAACAAUUUCGAAAUAUCACUCGUGGUAUUUAUGCCAAAUAUCACUACAAAUCAUGCUAUUACCUAUACAAACGUUAUUAAAACUGGUGGAAGAUUAAUUUUAUGUUUUAUUAAUUUAACGAUCAUUGUAAUGAACAAAGUUAAACACCGUCAUCUUGUAAAUCACCUGAACAUCGGCCCAAUAAAAUCUGUAACAAAUAUACUGUUACCUUUAGGGAUCAAUUAUCAGGAGUAAUGGUUUGCCUCGUGGACCAGAAACAUCUUCAGAAAAAUGAGGUACGUCUUUUCUUUUAGUGUACCUUCAGAGUGUUGACAGUUGAUCAACUUUAACCGUGACCAUAUCGUGAUUUUUGUUGUUUUAUUAUUUAAUUUGUGGUUGUUGUUUCUUUGUUUUCUUUUUUCAACUUCAUCAAGUUAUAAAUUAGCAUUGAGACAAUAAAAUUCCCGCGGAAACCCAUGGGUAACUUUGCAGUAGCACGAUUUAAACAACAUUAAAGGUACUCAAAUAUAUAAGCGCUCAAUAUUUUUAUAACUCAGGUCUUUCCGGACAAUUUUAUGCGUCGUGAGGUUUUCGCUCUCGUUGUUUUCUGCACAUUCAUGGAGGAUGGAUGCAAGUGGAAAGGGGAGGUCAGAAAUUUGGAGGUAUGUGGUUCUCCACAAGUCUACAAGACCACAAAAAUAAAUUUAAGAUGUACGAGUAUUAUAUUUUUUGCAACUGCUAAUCCAUAGCUGCAUGGUCAAAAUUUAUCGAUGUAAUUUUUCUUAGUUUGUCAAAUUUGGAAUCCAAUGACCGUACCGGUCUUAAAUAUAAGAUUAACAAUUAAAUUCGGCAUUGUUAAAAGUAUAAAUAAUUUUCUAACAGGCUCAUACAAACGGCUGCGAAUUCCUGAAACUCCCCUGUGUACAUCCUGAGUGUGGUGUCUUGGUAAAAAAAGCUGAUCUUCCUGAGCAUUUGGAAAAUGAAUGCUUGUACAGACUAGUGAAGUGUCCGCUUUGUCAUGCGAGCAUAGUCUUCAUCAGGAUGACGGUACGUACGUCCGCCCAUUCAUGUUAGCUUAUUAGCUUAGAAGACUAAGGCAUAAACAAGUUGUGUUUAACUUGAUAUUGGAGAUCCAUGUUAUGAUCAACUGACAGCUGUCAAAAUAGGGUAUCCGCUGACCAGUAUCACAUGACUGUAUCGCGGACUCAGGUGUACAAUUCAUUGGGAUGAAGUGGUUUUUAAAUUCCCCGCUGACUAGUUAUUGGUAUUUCAGUGAUCACAGGCACAAAAAACUUAUUUCAGAGAGAAAUUUCUUAAACGUUUCCACGAGAACUUUGCUCUUAGCUUUGGCUUAACCAAUAUAUAUUAGUCUUCAUUACAGUCUCUAAAAAAAUGACAAUAUUCUCACCAUAUAGGUUUUGAGGCUAAAUGAAGUGACAGGAGCAUGUCAGCCUUAAACGUCUUGCCUAAAAAGACAGGGCAAAUAGGUUUGAAAAGAAGUGCGCUCCCUUUUCCAGAUGGUAUUAACUAUGCGCUGUUUUUGUCGUAGCAACAUCAAGAGAACGAAUGUCCAGCUUAUCCAGUUGUUUGUGACAAAUGCAACAAAGUGGGGAUUCCUCGGGGAAAGGUAAGAUUGUUUUUAAAUCUUUAAACACCCAGGGGGAGCUUUUCUUGACUAGAAAAAGGACCCCCCACCCCCACCACACACACCACACACACACACACACACACGGCGAGCCAGGUGUUUGUUCAGGAUUACAUUGAACCAUUAAAUUGUAGCCCCGGGGCACGAUUCCCGAGACAAAUAGCGGGGCAAUAAACAUUAACAAGUUUAUUAAUAACAACGCUAAUUUCACUGCACCUGUCGGGGAACGGUCUUAUGUAAACGCCCUAGAAAAUUCAGGCCUGUUGCGGCUGUAACGUCAAAUGUACGUGAGUCAAAUGACACCUAAUUAGCCACUUUUAAGUUUGUCCCAUGUCCCAGAGGAUGUGAGGCUGGGAUUUCAAUAUAUAGAAAUUAUUCAUAGAGAGCUUCCCACAUUUUAGUUGGCAGAUCAUCAAAAUCCCAUCGUGGGAGACUGUGAGGAAGUACAGGGUCCGUGUCCAUUCUCACAGAUUGGAUGUUCCAAGACAGAGGUUAGUGGUUGAGUAUUGUAGCCGUUAUUGUUGUUGUUGUUUGUGGCAUUAAAAUAGUGCAUUAAUUAUAUCUAAUAUAUAAAGUUAUUAGUUAUUCAGUGAAUUAGAGUUUUAAAGUGCACGUUGAGCUUUCAUGUUAUUGGUACAUAGGUAAAACGACAUUCUUUGACGUCCUUGGUUAUUGUUUACAACAAACCCGUUUUAAAUUUUAUCAGAUACUCAACCAAAGGGAGAAGAGGGAACAUUUGACACAAGAAAUAGUUCGCCACAACAUUCUUGUUCUUCAGUUUGCCCUUGGUAUCAGCAAAGACUUAGAUGCCAUUGUUAGACGUGAUCCCAUGGUCAUGUCAAGAAGCCCUCAGAUGUUUACAAACUAUGAUAGUGUCAUACAAGAUCUUCUCAAUAGGAUGCAAAACAACUCAGAAACAUCUAGGAAUUUUCAAGAAAAAUUACGAGAGCACAGUGAACGAAUAACCUCAUUGGAGAGAAAAGUGGCCACGGUAAAUUUAUCCGGAGCAGCAGCAGCAGCAUCUGCUCCUAGAGCAUCUGAUGCUGACGUUAAUUCACCAAAUAUGGAUAUAACAAGAAGAAUCACCAAUCUCGAGAACAAAACGGCUGACCACGAAGUGCUUUUAGUUGAAAGUAAUCGUACUAUAGUGGAGACAAGUAGAGAAGUUGGAAUGGUUAAAAGACAAACAGAAGGCGUCCAAGAGAGUACGAGGAGAAUUGAAAGACGGAUUGAAUCCAUUGAGCAUACACUUGCUUUACGAAAUGUGACCCUUGCUGACUUAGAGGAGUAUGUGAGGCAACAAGAGUUUUCGAGUUAUGAUGGCCAGUUGCUCUGGAAGAUAACUGAAUUUGCCCGUAGACGAAACGAAGCCGUUAGUGGACAACAAAUAUCCUUUUACAGCCCGUGCUUCUUCACUGGUCGCUAUGGAUACAAGAUGUGCGCGCGGAUCUAUUUAAACGGUGAUGGCAUGGGCCGAGGAACACAUAUUUCAGUGUUCUUUGUGGUCAUGCGCGGUCAAUAUGACGCCCUACUCCGCUGGCCAUUCAGACAGAAGGUCACUUUUAUGUUAAUGGACCAGGAUAACGUAGAGCACGUGAUCGAUGCAUUCAGGCCUGAUCCAAGUAGCUCUUCUUUUCAGAGACCAAGGAGGGAAACAAAUAUUGCAAGUGGUUGCCCUAUGUUUUGCCCUUUGACCGAACUAAAUAAUCACGCGUAUGUGCGAGAUGAUACAAUGUUCUUAAAAAUAAUAGUAGACACAUCUGAUUUGUAG